CAGGGGCGCUCUAUCGACUAGCGAACGCUACUGGAAGAUUUGCAGCUCAUCAUCUGGCCUAGCGCGUCAGCUUCCCGUCUUGCCAUUUCAAACUCCUGACCACGAGCACAUGCUUUAAAAGCCUGCAUGCGCUUUCACUUCUCGACGAAGCAAUUGGUCUUUUGAUCCCAGACCGGACGGUUCAAGGUCAAAAAGCACAUCGAGAGACAAGGUCGCAUUGCAUUCGAUUGUCACUCGCCAUGGAGCAUGCCUCCCCGCGACACGCGCCAGUUGACGAUGACGAUGACGAGUGGGAAUACGAGUAUUCCACGACGGAAACCGAGACGUACUACCUCACGCUAGACUUAUCAGUCCGCGACUUCCUCGAGAGACGGACCGACGAUGUCGUGCACAGCACGCGAACAGGCUACCGAGUCUGGUACAACCCUCUCUUCAAUGCGCCCGAGCCCAAGACCUCGAAUCCGGACCUUCUCGACGACAAAGAGGCCGACGACGGAGAGCCUCCCGAGCGCGAGGAGGUAGACCUCGAUACGCUAGGCCUGCCGCAACCGCCGGCGCUCGACCCGCCAAUUGACCCACUGCUGCAGCAAGGCAAUGAGAAGGAUGGGCAGCUGGACGGGCAGGCCAGCGACAAGCCGGCCGAUCAGAUCCAGAUUUUGGAGCUUCAUUCCAAGGAGCCGAUCAUAUCGUACCGCAACCAUGUGUUCCGCGGCACAUGGGCGGAGAACAUCGGCACGGAAAUGAUAUUUACACCGCACGACGACGACGCGCCGCUGCCGGCUCUUCGGCACCUUCCCCAGAACAUGGACCUCAUUGCGGCGAGCGCGACGAGAAUCAAUUUCCAAGAGGCGACGUUGUUGCCAAAGGACCAAGACGGCUUGUCCGACAGGAUAUUCUUGGGAUACGGAUAUUCCGAGGAGGACAUUCCCGAGCGAUACAGGAAAAACGGAGGCAUCUACGUCCACAUCGGCGGCGAUAAAACGGGCCAGCGGCAGCCUCAGGCACACUUCCUCGAGGACCUGAUAGCGCUGAAGCGCAAGCGCGGCGAGACGGACGAGGUCACGAUCCAGCCGCUCGAGACGAGACAGAACAAACUGAUGGUGGAGGACGAGGAGGAGGAGCGUCGCCGGAGAAAGCUCAAGAUCGACUAUGCGCGGAAUGUCAGGUGGCGCGACAAGAGGCGGGAGGAAAGAGAACUGGGGCUGGCAUCGCCCGAGCGGAACUACGUGCCGCGGACAGGCGGGCGAAGAGGGUGGCCGCGACGAGCGAGACGGGCCGCCCUUAUCCGGCGCGAUUCGGGCGCCAUAUCGCGGUUUGCGACGCGAGCGAGCCGGGCUGCUGGCAGCUCUGUCCCGACCCCCGCCCGUUGGGGCGAAAAUCUCGAUGCGGAUGCUCAAAAUGGUUGAGUGUGUGCCGCC